GAAAAAGAGACUGGGGUUUAGCUGAGAUCAAAAGCUGCUGUGUAAGGAUGAUGAAGAUGCCAUGGGAAAAUUUUGGGAAGGUUCUGUCCGAAGUGGUGGGACUGAUGUAUUAUGAUACCGAUUAUGAAUCAGAAUCUGAGUUAGAUUCUCCAAAAUUGAAACGUCAGAAGAGGGCCCUCUAUACACCUGAAGAGGAGACUGAGGUAAUCCGGGACCAAGUGUUGAAGAGCGAGGGGUUCGACAUUGAUUUCUCGAAUAUCCGCUGCGAGUUCAACUUUUCACCCGUGGAUCUUCUUCACGGUAACAAGCUCACUAAACCACCACAAAUAGAUGGUUACCUCAUCAACAUGUUCUGCAACAUGGCUGUCGAUGAGUUUAACAAAUUUUAUGUGGCUCUAUCUCCAAAUUCUUCAGCCUCAGAGGCGUUGACACAGAAUUUAAAAAGUGAAAACCAGAAUUUGAAGGAGAAUACGGAGAGAUGGAGGAAAGAGAUAGCUGAAACCAGGCAUGUCGUUCCCUAUAUUACUGUGUUAAUUACUGUUUUAAUCUUCUUGCCCUUGAAUUACUUCUGGAUUCUUGUGAAGUGUAAAGCCAUGGCUGUCUUGGUCCACAGAUAUACCAGGGACGAGGAGUGUCUGGAGUCUCAAAAGUGUCUUGUGGAAGAAGAACGAAAGAAUAACUUCUUACGGCAUAAGAAACGAGCCAAUAAGAUAUACAAAAUGGUAGAGGAUCGGAAGUCAACCAGUGGAAGAAACAAGGUUGCUCUUUGGCUGCUUAAUUAAAAGUACCAAACAAUUUUGGUUUAUUUGUAUAUAUGUUCGUUAGUCAUCCAUCUUUCCUUCUUUUCUUUAUUAAGUCAUGCCACUGUUGCAAAAGAAUACAUAAUCAAACAGUUGGGGCUUGAGACUAGACAAUAGGUUGAAUUGGGAACUAUCCAUGUCGGGAUUUUAUGGUGAGUUCUUAAAUCAUGUACUUUUGGUUUCUUAUUUUUGGUUGGGGUUAAACAUGUUCCCAGCGGUAGGUAAAUAAAUGGAUUUAGUAUU